GGAAGAGAAGGAAGAAGAGGCUGAUCAAUUAAGGGCAAUGAGUUAAAAGAUUAUUUUCCUCGCUUGGUGACACAGAGAGGAAAUACUUCUUCCUAAACUCAGGGAAGCUGCGACCAGUUCUCCCAGAGAAGGUUCAGAGUGCAGAGCCCUGAGGACCACCCCCACUCCUUCCUGUAGCUGCUCAGCCCAGCCACCUUACCAGAGUGUCAUUUCAAAAGCCAGAUAAAAGCCACAUGAGGAGGCUGGAAAAAGAGUGUACAACACAGUCGUUCAAAAACCACCCUCCAUUUCAUUCUGGAGCCCGGAGGUUACACCCAGGCAUCACAAUAGCUUCUCUACUUGCAGAACAUUAACUGAUUUCCUCAUCUCCACAUAGCAAGGACAUGGAAGAUCUAGAAGAAACAUUAUUUGAAGAAUUUGAGAACUAUUCCUAUGCCCUGGAAUAUUACUCCUUGGAGUCAGAUUUGGAGGAGAAAGUCCACCCGGGAGUUGCUCACUGGGUGUCCCUAGCCUUAUACUGUUUAGCAUUUGUUCUGGGUAUUCCCGGAAAUGCCAUUGUCAUUUGGUUCACGGGGUUCAAGUGGAAGAAGACAGUCACCACUCUCUGGUUCCUCAAUCUGGCCAUCGCGGAUUUCAUCUUUGUUCUCUUUCUGCCCCUCUACAUCUCCUAUGUGGCCAUGAAUUUCCACUGGCCCUUUGGCAAAUGGUUGUGCAAGGCCAAUUCCUUCAUUGCCCAGUUGAACAUGUUUGCCAGUGUUUUCUUCCUGACAGUGAUCAGUUUGGACCGCUAUAUCCACUUGAUCCAUCCUGUCUUGUCUCAUCGAUGCCGAACCCCAAAGAACUCCCUGAUUGUUAUUACAUUAGUCUGGCUUUUGGCUUCUCUGAUUGGUAGUCCUGCCCUAUAUUUCCGGGACAUUCUGGAGUUCAAUAAUCACACUAUUUGCUAUAACAAUUUCCAUGAGAAUGAUCCUGACCUCACUUUGAUGAGGCACCAUGUUCUGACCUGGGUGAAAUUUAUUGUUGGGUACCUCUUCCCUUUGCUAACAAUGAGCAUUUGCUAUUCUUGUCUCAUCUUCAAGGUGAAGAAGCGAAGCAUCCUGACCUCCAGUAAGCAUUUCUGGACAGUCCUGGCUGUGGUUAUGGCCUUUUUAAUUUGCUGGACUCCUUAUCAGCUGUUUAGCAUCUGGGAGCUCAUGAUUCACCACAAUAGUUAUUUCCACCAUGUACUGCAGGCUGGAAUCCCCCUCUCCACUGGUCUGGCAUUCCUCAAUAGUUGCUUGAACCCCAUUCUUUAUGUCCUAAUUAGUAAGACAUUCCAAGUUCACUUCCGUGCCUCAGUUGCUGAGAUACUAAAGUAUACGCUGUGGGAAGUUAGCUGUUCUGGCACAGUGAGUGAACAACUCAGGAACUCUGAGACCAAGAACCUGUGUCUCUUGGAAACAGCCCAAUGAGUAAUUAUUUUUCCACAAAUCAGCGCAAAGCUUUUGUGUGUCUCCUGACAUGUAAUUUCAGAUUAAAUUUGGUUCCAAGAUAUACCACUGAAUAUGUUUUUUUUUGGUUUUGGCUACUUUAUUGGCAUCACAUUUUUGUGUGAACAUGAACUUCAGGAAGACUUUUAAGUGUUUUUUCUGCAAGUUAAAUUAUCUGAGUCAUUCUUGCUUAUUAUACUAUAGUGGAUUAAUCACUAUUGUUGAAGCAAGUUCAGUUAUUAAUUUUUUAAUCUUAAUAACUUCUUAAAUGCCCUAAACCUUAAUACUAAAU